CAAAAGUCAAAAUAUGAAAUUUAAACGUGGCAAGAACCUUACAAUAUAUAAUCCAGCGCGUAGGCAGCUUAAUUUGCCUUUCCAUCAAAUGCCGUUCGCCCUAGAAAUGGCCUUUACACUCGCUAAAUUCCUCACUCCUAUCCUUGGCCCUCGCAGGCGCAGAAAGAUAGCUAUCAUAGGUCUUUAUGACGCUGGUGUGAUAGAUCUGCUUAAGCGUCUCUGCGGGACCUGUGAUUUAGUAACUAAAGAGGAUGAAGACGGUAGAACUUGGCCUCGAGUCCACGCCGGCACGAAAAGCAGUUUGAAAUGCGAUUUUAAUUUCGUCGCCGUGGAAGUAGGAGGAGGUGGUGCGCCAGCUGCAGACCAUCUAUGGACGGCAGCGCAAUUCGGCGAGGCAGAUGGGUUCAUCUGGGUGGUUAACAGCGCUGAUACGUGCGUCCUCAUUGAAGCGAGGGUAGAGAUGGAGAAAGCUAGGAAGGGGAGGAGUUUAAGGGGAGGAUUGGUCCAACCUGGUGUCAACCCCAAAGCGCCGUGGUUGGUCUUGGUAGAUUUCAAAGAAAAUCCUCUGUCUAUUGCUGAGGCGACAAGACAAGCUGAGCUCGUUACAGUAGAUGCUGGGGAUGAUUUAGAUUGGACUGUCCAUGCUGUCUCUAUAACUACGUCGGAAGGUCUACGGGAAGCUAUGGGGUGGCUUUAUCAAAAAGUAAAAUAAUAAUAAUAGGUUUGAGAAUAUAGGGCUAAAAUCUACGAUUCUUAAUAAUCGAUCCUGUUAUAGAAGAAAUCAUUGAUAAUAUAAAUAAAUAAAUAAAAAAUAAAUCGUG